UAAUGUGACAUCUCUCUCACUCCGAGUUGUCACUGUCUCCAGUCAUUGGGACAUGUUUUCAAUAAGUGGCAGUCUUCGGCCAACAGCUGAGGACGCAAUGGCAGUCAGUGAAAAUAACGACGUAAUGGACAUGUCGGACAGUGACAAUCCGCAGUUACCAAUCGAGGUAAUAAUGCACAUAAUGUCGUACCUCUCGGUGUCGGAUCGAAUAUCCGCUGGGCGCGUGUGUAGGCACUGGCACGAGGCAUCUGUCAGCGCCAAAUUUGUUAAUCGUCAGGCGCUUCUCAUCAGUCGUGAGGAGGAUAAUCUACAGAAUGUCAUGAAUACGUUAUCCGUAUCCAAUAGACCAUUUUAUCAUUUUAUCUUCAAGGAGAUUGAAGUGAAAGCUUCAUUACCCAUUUGGAGUAGAUUUGGGCCUAUUAUGCGCAGUUUGAUUAUGGUAUGUUGCGACUUGAGUGAGAGAACUCUCGUCCACAUCCUGAAAUCCUGCACGAACCUGCAGACAAUCCACAUAAACGCCUGUCGAGAGUGUCUAAUGUCCGGUCGUCUCCUGGACGACGAAAAUGACGUAAAAGAAAUUUCGAACAACCUGAAGUCCCUGGUGGAGCUGAGCCUGGCCUCCAACAGGUACCUCAGUGACGCCCUGUUCAACCGCCUGAUCUCGAUCUGCCCGAACUUGGAGUCGCUGAGCCUCACAGACUGCCAGAUCUCGUUUCACUCCGGCCUCUACAAGAAGUUCUACCCCGCGAGGAGCUCCCUCGAUCAGGCCUCCGAGUCGGUCCUCACGUUCUUCAACGUCCUGGAGUACAUAAAGAAGCAAGCGAAGAGACUGAAGCACCUGAGCCUGGGUCGCACCCUGAUAGACAGCACAGCGCUGAGCACCCUGGCCACCGUCGACGGCCUCCAGCUCCUCUCGCUCAAGCUCAGGUCCUGCGAUCAGCUGUCGAACUCUGGUCUCCGGACCCUGGUCCACCAGAGAAGCCUGAAGGUCCUGGACCUGAGCUUCUGUACUCGCGUGACCGACGCAAGUCUCCUCUGCAUUUGCCAGAACCUCGAGAACCUGGAGACACUCAACAUCAGGAGAUGUCGAGCUGUCACCAACUACGGAAUCUGCCAGAUCAGGUGCCUGAAGAGGCUGAAGGAGCUGGACAUCUCCGAGUGCGAUCAGCUGACCAGUGGCUGCAUCACUCAGGGCCUCUGCAAGCCCAACCGGCUAGGUGGGCCCAACGACGAGGAGCAGGUCUGGGAGUCCGAGAACAUCAAUCCGAAUUCGGCCCAGAAUCACCUGGUGAUGGGGCAGGAUUCGUUCAAUGAGAAUCUCGAGAUUCUGUCGGCGAACGCCUUGAAUCUCGAUGAAAAGGCCAUUGAGUGCAUUGCUGCCAGUUUCAAACAGCUCAAGUCCCUGGACAUUGGGUAUUGCUUCAGUGCAGUCACUGAUAAGACGGUUCAGAAGAUCUUCAAGGAACUGACGGCCAUCAGGAAAUUGAGGAUCAGCAGGUGCGACAAGGUCAGCGACGCCGGACUGACGGGAAUGGGGGCGGGGGCUAGGGACCAUCUGGUUCUGCCUGAGUGCUCGGCUGAGGUCAGCAGGAUACAGGAGAUCGCGGGGGCCAAGUUGAGGAUCAGUCUGGGCUCCAGGGCGGAGGAGGAGAUCGUGAGGGACGCCAACAGGAAGCGGGAGGUCAUGGAGAUGUGCGAGGACACUGGCUCCAGUUUGGACUUUGAUAUCGCACCUGGGUACUCAUUAUUGAGACUGAGGGGGCUCAGGGAACUCGACCUUGCGGGGUGCAAUAGGGUCACUGAUGUCAGUCUCAAGCAUGCGUUUACGUUUCUCGAGUUGAGGGUGCUUGACCUGAGCAUGUGCCAGCAGAUAACACACGUGGGGCUGGAUCACCUGACGAGGAACAACAGAGCCAUUGAGGAUCUGAAUUUAUCGCAGUGUCACAAUGUCACGGAUGUGGGGAUUCAGUAUGUUGUGGAGAGGCUGCAUAGACUGAAGCGUCUGCAUCUUCAGAGCUGUUCUCAACUGACUGACCACUCUCUAGACGCGAUAAAGCUCAACUGCAAGUCUCUCCAAUAUCUAGACGCUCGCUCCUGCCGAGGUAUCUCCUCCGUCGGCAUCGAGAGCCUCGUCCACCUGUUCCACGUCAAAUACUCGGAUCAAUCGGAAAUUCUGGGCCCCCGAGACGCACCCACCCCUCCUCUACUGCGCAGAUAAUCCUUCGCUUGGAUUUUCACGUUGAAAUUGCGCAUCAGAGAGCAUUAACAACAAUCGGGGAAACAUGGAUCAAUCAAAUAAAAUUGUGUCAUUACUUAUCAACUGUAUUUACACAUAAAUUUACCAUUGUUGACAUUUUUUACAUAUUUUUACGUCAGUAUUCACCAAUUACUGUAUUUAGAAGUCGUUAUUUAGGUCUAAUAUUUCUUCUCUUUCCAUUCUGCUUCUGACAUUUUUAGAGAAUCACGUAAAAAUUGAAAGUUUAAAUACAACAAUUUGCGAGUAGUUGGUAUCCAAUGAAAAACUGAAGUACAGAAUGGAUUUUAUAAAAAUUUCAAUCCCAAUGAGAACAAAAUCCGUAUAUUAUUUUUACAGUGUUAAUAAAUUCAGUUUCUAAAAUCUAAUACAUUGAAAAUGUGAUGAUAAAUAUCGACUAAUUAUGCAAAAUGUUCGAGCCAUUCUCGAUCAAAUAAUAAUUUACACUCGAGGGGUUCAGGACAUGAUGCAGUCGAACAAUUAAAAAUAACGAAAUUUCAGGUGAAAUUUUUUUUCAAAUGAUUUUUCGACUUAAAAGCUGCAGGUCUGGACGUAAAAAAGUACCAAAGAGUUGUUAUAAUUUUUCAACGCUAUUUUCAUUAUUAUUUAAUAUACUCUAUAUUUCAUUUAUUUAUUUCAAUCACCUCCUGAACUCAUGACAAUUAACGUAUUUAAUUCUUUAUGUUCGUUAAAAUAAUUCCAAACAGCAGACUUAAUCCUAAGUUAUCGUGGAAAAAAGAUACCAUAAUGAGAUAUAGCACCAUAACGAGGAUAAACGUGAAUUCUAAUAGGUAAUAGAAUAAUUCCAAUCGAUAAUAUAAAUUAUGAAUUCUCAGUUUGGUUGAUGCUGUAUUCACACUUAAUCCCGAAUGAAAAAUAUAUUUUUCUUACUAAAAACAU